AUGUACGUUGUUUAUACAGUUGGUAGAUCUUUUCUUCCAAAACCUAAAAAUCCUUAUUCUAUUGUAUUGGGUGACUCUGAAUCGAUCCAAUUACCACAAUAUGAAGCUUUUCCAAUCCAUGAUAAGGUUAAACAUAAAGAAGGGUAUAUUCUUAAUGUUGGUGGUUCAGAGGGCAAACAAGAUGAUUCUGUUGAUAUAAUUCCGAAAUUAGGGAUAAUAGCAAUAUCCUUUGGGUGUGGUCUUAUUGGAAUUUUUGCUGUUCCUCGGUCAAAAUACAUUAGGGAUAAAUUGAAUUUAUCUAACGACAUUGAAGCACCAUUAUAUAUAAAGUUUACAAAUCCAUUAUUAACUUUGUCAAUUCCGCAUGUUAUAUUUCGUACUAUAAGUUGGGGCGGUAAUCAAAAAAUUGCUGCUGGCUGUACAAAUGAGAUUCUUCAAGCAAAAUUUAACAACAAUAUCAUUGAUCCUGAAGUUACAUCACCUAUUCAAUUCUUUCGCGCGCACGAUUCAUGCAUUAGACAAGUAGUUUGGAAUUCACAUAAUGAUCCUACACAUAUCCUAAGUUGUGGGCAUGAUGGCAGAUUACAAAUUAUUGAAAGUCGAGAUCCUUGGAUGAAAAAUAUGUUUCAACGAAUUAGAUCAUUUAUGAUGACUGCAUGUUGGCCACAUCAUUAUGGCGGAAUAAUUUUUCCUGAUUCUGAAAAUACUGUCAGGUAUAUUAGAAUGGAUGAUUUAAAAAAAUCUACAGGGAUAAUUAUGCAUUAUGCUCCUAUUUGGCGAAUUUCUGCGUCUUAUUUUCAUCCUUUCAUGGCAAGCUGUUCAUCUGAUGGUUCAGUAAAAAUGACAAAUAUUUGCAGAUUAAGAGAUCGUCAACAAAAACCAAUUCAAGUUACAUUGUAUCGAAUUACUUAUAAUAAAUUAACAAAAAUUUAUACAUACUGGGAUAAUGUCAAAUCUACAGAAACAACAUACACAACUGUUAAUGUUGAUAAUUACAACCAUUUUUUUCAGCCAGAAGUUUCAGUUCAACAUGUUAUUUGGAAUCCAAAUUUUGAUAGUGGUACUUGGAUUGCUUCUGGUGGUUCAUCAGAUUCUCAAGUAAACAUGAAUCCAGCUAAAAAAAACAAAAUUGACAUGGAUAAACUCACUGAGGAUGAAAAAAGACUGUUUCGUAUGUAUGGAAGAUUACCUACAAGAAAAGACAUUUUAAGUCAUAAUUCGAAGGAACGUAAAUAUUUUGAUUCUGGAGAUUAUGCACUUUCCAAAGCUGGAAAAACUAUUGGGCCUGUUGGAGUUCAACAUCCAUCACCUGAAACUAUUCCUCAUGCUAUUUCUCCCACGACACAUAACUCUUCACCAGUGAAAGAAAGUUCUUUGGUUUACGAAGCAGAGAUUGAGGAAAAGGCAUCUGACAAUGGUAGCGAAGUUGAAUCACAAUCUAUCAAAAAAAAUCCUUUUAAUGUUGGUGAUAACACUACCUCCAAAUCCACCGAUACAAGCACAACACCAACAACAACAACACCAACCACGCCAAAUAUUCCUCCAACACCAAAUCCAACACCAAAUUUUUCCAACAGUCCAACACCUUCAGAAACUGAAUCAUGA